AAAAUUUCCCAAAAUCCUUGCGCGAGAGCGAGAGAGAGAGAGAGAGGAGAGAGAGAGAGAGAAACAAGAAAUGGCGAGCGAUAGCGAGACGGAGAAGUCAAUGAAGGAGAAGAAGAAGAUGAUGGCUCUAGCCCCCAUUGCUAAGCCCCUCGCUGGGAAAAAGCUUUCUAAGAAAAGCCUCAAGCUCGUGAGGAAAGCUGCUGAAUCGAAAUGCCUUAAACGAGGUGUAAAGGAAGUAGUUAAGAGCAUCCGCCGAGGUCACAAAGGGUUGUGCAUUAUUGCUGGAAACAUUUCUCCCAUUGAUGUUAUAACACAUGUCCCCAUAUUAUGUGAAGAAGCUGAUAUUCCAUACUUCUACGUCUCUUCUAAGGAGGAACUGGCAACUGCGGGGGUCACCAAGAGGCCAACAUGCUGCGUUCUUGUGACGACAAAACCAGCAAAGGGAGAGUUAGAAUCCGAGGUGCAGCAGAAGCUUCAGUCCGAAUAUGACCAAGUGGUAUCAGAUGUAAAAGAGCUGGCAUCUUCUUUAUUCUGAUGCUGACUAAACUUAGAACCAUUAGCUAGAGACGAGAAAUCUAAAGUAUUUGCAGUUCAAUUUUCUUCUUGAUUUGUCAGUGUUAUUGGUCCUGAAAGUUUGUAAUCUUGCUGAUAAUGUACUUGGUGAGGCAGAAUUUUUCUAUUAUCUUUGUUGGAUAUCAAGUAAUUUUCCGAGGACUAGAGGGUUUUGAUAUAGCUGAUUUUGUUGUAGUAUCUUGGAUAAAAUGAUAACAUUUCUUGAGGAAAAGACAAUCAUCAAUUGUUCAUUGAUGUUUGGUAUCUAUCACAGAUAUUAUGUGCUACAGGAAA